AUGGAAGGGCCUACACCUGUAUCUGCUUUAAUACACGCAGCUACUAUGGUUACAGCUGGAGUUUAUUUAUUAAUGAGAUCUUCACCAUUAAUUGAAUAUAGUUCAACUGUAUUAGUAUUAUAUAUUAAAAAAGUUAUUGCCUAUUCUACUAUGAGUCAAUUAGGUAUGAUGGUUAUAGCUAUAGGUUUAUCUAGUUAUAAUUUAGCUUUAUUCCAUUUAGUUAAUCACGCUUUUUAUAAAGCAUUAUUAUUCUUAGGUGCUGGUUCAGUUAUUCACGCAGUAGCUGAUAACCAAGAUUUUAGAAAAUAUGGUGGUUUAAGAGAAUUCUUACCUUUAACUUAUUCUGUUAUGUUAAUAGCUUCAUUAAGUUUAGUAGCUGUACCUUUUAUGACUGGAUUCUACUCUAAAGAUUUUAUAUUAGAAUCUUCUUAUGGUCAAUUCUACUUAUCAGGUACUAUUGUUUACUUUGUAGCUACUAUAGGUGCUAUGUUUACUACUCUUUAUUCUGCUAAAGUUUUAUAUUUAACUUUCUUAGCUAACCCUAAUGGACCAUUAUCUAGUUAUAAACAUGCACAUGAAGGUGAUUUAUUUUUAACUUUACCUUUAAUUAUAUUAUCUAUUUUCUCUAUAUUCUUUGGUUAUUUAACUAAAGAUAUAUUUAUUGGUUUAGGUACUGGUUUCUUUAUUGAUAAUAGUUUAUUUAUUCACCCUAGUCAUGAAAUUAUGUUAGAUACUGAAUUUGCUGUACCUACUUUAUUUAAAUUAUUACCUUUUGUAUUUACUGUUUCUUUAAGUAUUAUUUCUGUAUUAUUUUCUGAAUUUGUACCUAAAUUACUUAUUAAUUUUAAAUUCUCUAGAUUUGGUUAUAAUAUAUUUAGUUUCUUUAAUCAAAGAUUCUAUAUUGAAUUAUUCUAUAAUAAAUAUAUUGUAGAAGGUGUUCUUAAAUUAGGUGGUCAAACUACUAAGAGUCUUGAUAAAGGUUCAGUAGAAUUCUUAGGACCUUAUGGUUUAGAAAAAGGAUUAGUGUCUUUAAGUAAUAGCUUAGGUAGAUUAAGUACUGGUGUAAUUACUACUUAUGCUUUAUAUAUUUUAAUUGGUUUAAUGUUCUAUAUUACAUUAGUAUAUUUCUCAUAUAAUGAUAAUAAUUUAUUUAUAUUAGUAAUAUUUACUUUAUUUGCUUUAUUAAAUAAUAACUUAUCUUCAACUAAAUAA